AAAAUUUACUGAUAAACAUUUAUUAAUUGUUCAUAUCAUAUUUAUUGCUGGAAACUUUUUUUAUCUCGACUAUGAAAAAGAGAUUUGUUUUGAAGCGUAUUUCUAAAAUUUGCAUUUUUGCUAUUAGGAAAUGGAUUAUGCCUGAAUUUUGAUUGGACCAGCUGUUAUGAGAGAUUGAAAGCAACUUUUGUUGAAUAUAAUUAAUAAACAUAAUCAUGUCAUUUGAUACCCUGGACGGUCCUAGAUUCCAUAAGUACUCUGGAUUCCGGAUUUGAAUAGUUCCUGCGAAAUUAUUGGAAAUCUCUGAAGAUUUUUUAAGGAAUUGAUGCCAUUAUUUAGAAGAAAUAUAUACACUGAUUUAUAUUGAUUGGAUUGAUGAGAAUUGUGAUCACUGGCCGUUGUUUUCAUUGACCAGUGUUUUGUGACGACAUACUAUUGGUCAGCGUCGUGUAAUAUCGGCACUGACAACAAACUUCCAUUCACUGUAAUCCAUCAGGUUUUUUCUCAUGCUGAGUGCCGACCAGCGAGUGGACAUGUUCUGUCAAGGUCACACAUAGAAAACAUUUAAACGUAAACACAAUUUAUAAGUCGACAUAACGCCAGUGAGCUUAAGAAUACGUUAUUUAUAAUAGUAUAAAAGAUGAAAGAUAUGUCGUCGUAUGGGGAUACAGAGGUUCUUUGGCCCAGGAGUGAUGCAGUAUCACCGAAAGUUGCCGAUGUUAUAGAUCGGGGGAUGUCAGCAUCCAAUGAAAUAAAACAGGAGAGACCACAUCAAUUUUACCCACAAUCAUCAGUUCACUUAUCGCCUGUGCCAAAAGAAAAAGAUUUUAAGAGUUACCCGCACUUGAAUUCCACGUUUAAUGACAAUUAUAAAUCCGCAAGCGUAGCCUACGAUCAGCAGAGGGAAGCAGAUGAUAAUCAGCAGAGGCCGUCUGCUUCAAGUCCUUGCUACAGCGAAUCAGAAUCCUGCAGUCAGUCUCCUAACUUUGAGGACACUUCACCGCGUAAAUCAUUUCACUUUGGAGAGAAAUCAGAAAGUAACUUUUCUUAUGGAGAGAAAACUCCAGAGAAAUCAUAUCCUACGACUGCCGAGGGAUCUCCAAACAGUGGGCAUCCAUAUGGCUUAAAACCUACCAGAUCUCCAGGACACUCCCAGUCAUUCAACACCAACGAUACUCCAGAGUCAUCUCCCCUUAAGAGUUAUCACACUCAGAAUCAUACCGCAACAUCCUCUCCAGAAAGCCCUUAUCCUAAUUCAGCAGAAAAAUCAAAAUAUUCUUUGGAUCUUUCGAGUCAGUUUCCAUUUGGACCAUCCUUCCAGAGAGAGACACUAAUGCACAUAAAGGAGACUCUUCCUACUAGUUUUCCGCUUCCUGCGAUUCCACAGUUAAACAUAUCGCCAGGCAGCAGCUCUGGUUUUACUAAUGGUGACUCCAACAAAUAUUUUUGUCAUCUCUGUAGCUACGCAGGAGAUUCCAAGCCUGAUUUUGAUCAGCACAUGAGCAUUCACUUUGAGUACAGCUGUCCUCAUUGUGAUUACACAUCACGAACUGAGGGGCGCCUCAAAAGACAUAUCAAAGACUUCCACACUGACGAUAACGAUCCCAAUGGUAAAAAUCAGAGGACUAUGCCUGGGAGGCCUAAAGUUUACAGAUGUAAACAGUGCGAUUAUGUCGCUACAAUAAAGACUGACUUUUGGCAACACUCAAGAACCCAUAUCAAGGAGGAUAAAAUUCUCCAGUGUCCACGCUGCCCAUUUGUCACUGAAUAUAAGCAUCAUUUAGAGUAUCAUCUUCGUAACCACUUCGGCUCCAAGCCCUUUAAAUGCAACAAGUGUAACUAUUCGUGUGUCAACAAAUCGAUGUUAAACAGUCACAUGAAAUCACACACCAAUGUAUAUCAGUAUCGGUGUGCCGACUGCACCUACGCCACGAAAUAUUGUCACAGUCUCAAGCUCCACCUUCGCAAAUAUAAUCAUAAACCAGCUACAGUAUUAAAUAACGACGGCAGUCUACCACAAGGACUUGAUGCUGAUCUUUCUGGUUUGUCCUUACUAGCUAAACGAGGUCCUCCACGAGGUCCACGAAGUACAAACAAAAGAGACGAACCAGAAUACAUGAGCCCGAUGUUCCCUUUCCCCGGAAGACCUGGUAUGAUGGGAAUGCCCAGUUUACCACAUGGUCUAAAUGGCGCCAUGAUGACACCCUACUGGCCACUAUUGAAUCAGAUGUCUGGCUGGAAUCCACACCUUCCCAUGGCACCAAAUGGCAUGACUCCUAUGAGUCUUCAAGGAAGAAUGCUUGAAUCUGGACCUGGUGGAAUGGGACCCGUUUCAUGUACUCUCUGCAGCUUUACUGCUGAAAGUCCAGAGAAACUGAGGGGUCACUUGAUGAAGGUGCAUGCCUCUGAAAACCAAGAUCUCUUCAAUGCUUAUGGAAUAUCUUCAGACUCUUUGAUGGAAGAUGCUUACAAAAUGAAACAAAAUGGAAUGAAUGGCAAAAAACCUGGAACCACACCUGAGAGACCCUCAAGUCACAGUGAUAUGCUCCAUGUUCGAACUGAUACUGGACUUGAAACAAGUAAGGCAAGUCCUCACUCCUGGCCAGCCAACACUCCAAAUAACCACUCCUCCUCCACAAAUAUCAGUAGUCGUAGCUUGCCAGAACUCUAUAAUGGAUCAGCUAAAGACCAAAAAAUCAAAGAGGAACCAGAUAUCUUAAGAGAAAUGACGCUGAAGUUUGGAUCCAGCCACAACAACUCCCCACCAUCAAUGGAUAGAGAGGGAGCGCUGGAUCUGACUAAACCCAGGUCUGAGUCUCCACCCCACCACCAAUACUCAACCCUUAAAAGACCAUAUCCUGAACAAGAGUUGUCUUCCAGUGCCGAAAAUUCCAUAAACGGAGAGACGAGCACCCCAAAUCCACGAAAGCGAUCAAGAAAGGGUAAAGCAUACAAGUUGGACACCCUUUGUCUGAAAUUACAGGAUGAGAAAUCAUCCUACGAGAGCGAGAACGAAAGUGUGGAAUCAAAUGGUGAUGGACCAGCAGAGAUGGUGAGCGAUUCUCGUGGUAAUGAGCAUGUUAAUCCCACAGGCGAUGGAGCUGAAUCUGAUGGAUCAAAUCCACUACAUAUUAAUGAGGAUCACUAUGACAACCAACCAAAUGAAAAGACCAAUGGGAGUAGUCCCAAUACCAUAUCAGAGUUUGAAAAAAUCCAAGCCAAUCUCAAAUAUUUGAAUGGAGAGACUGACGAGAAUAUUCGAAAUGGAGAAAUGAAGGAAUCCAAUGGAAUCGAAGGCCAGGAAUCACCUCUUGAUCUCCUGAAUUCAGUGUAUCAGAAUCGCAGAAAGCCAAUGUCAUCCGCUUUACGUCGUGGGGCUGAGGUUGCCUGGAAGAUUCUGAAUGAUCCUGCCUCAGGCGAGAAAGCACUUGUGAAUGGGGACUCCCUUGAUGUUCCACCAAGCCCAACUCAAAUUGGAAAGAAAGAUUCCAUGAAUUUCACUCCUUCACCAACAGCUAAGAAACAAUUGAAAGACUUCCCUUUCCACCGAGCUGAAAGCUAUGAAUGCACGUUUUGUGAUAUCGCUUUCCGUGAUUGUGUCAUGUACACCAUGCACAUGGGUUACCACGGCUACCAGAAUCCAUACAAAUGUAACAUGUGCGGUAACAUCAGUCGUGAUAAAGUUGAAUUUUUCCUCCACAUUGCUCGCACUGCUCAUAAUUAGACUUUGUUCAUUAUUAUUUUGUUGCUUUUGGUGAACCUUGGACGUAACGUGGCAUUAUUUUGCUAGAUCUACUCAUCAUGUUUGAUAUUAAACAAGAGACUGUGUCGUAAACGUUUCAUAUGUGUGAAGUUUCGAAGUCCAAAAUCAGACAAUGGCAUUAAGUAAUACAGAAAGAAAAUCAAAAAUUAGUGUCGGUUAGUAAGACGUGAAAGAAACAAAAACUAUUUUUAUGAAAUGUUGAAGUCUUUUAGGACUGUAGAUGUUUAGAAUUGUGUGGCGUAGGAGUUAGAGCUUGACUUAAUUGGUGAUUGAAUGUGCAGAGUUAUUCGCCCCUUGUUAAGUAAACUUAGCGAUGCUUGAUGUUCAUUAGGGUAACCAUAGUGAUGUUCCUACAAACCAGUUAUGUAACUAGUAACCAUAGCAACAUGCUUUUGGUAACCAUAAAAAGUUGUGUUGAACUUGAUGUGCAACCAUGGUGUUGAAACUAUUGUUUAAAACAUGUAUCCAUGGCAAAACUUUGUCAAGUAACCGUGGAGACGAAUAACCACAGCAACACUGAAGAUAAAGAUUGCAUUAUUAGCAUGUUAUAAACUUUAAAAUGCAAAUGGUGGACAUCUAGUAAAAGGGAGUUAUACACAAUAGAUCAGAUUCUUUACAUCAAAUAUUUGUGUUGCUCGUGACAACAUCUGCAUCAAUUUGAACUUGUUGUCAUUAACAACUUCACCAUUUUAUUUGCCAUACACCAAUAAUUAUAUUAGAUGAUUGUUUUUGUUAAUUAUAAAUAUUAAGUAAGCUUUACAUAUGCAAAUGACUGCCUAAUGUGUUGAAAUCGGACAUUUUUAUUUUAUUUUACGCACUUAUUUUCGUCUUUUUCAUCAUUAUUACUGUUUGCUGCAGUACUGCAAAUGAUAUACCAUUCACGCAUAUGUUCCAGUCAUGUGCAUCAUACAUUAAAUAUUUUCACCCAUAAAUGUCUACUGCCAGUAUCUUCACUUAUAUUUAUAUCCCAUGAACUUCGACCUCUAACUUUGUGUCAUUACCUACAGGAUUUUUUUGUAAUAUACAUAUAAAGAGAAAAAUAUAUAUUUGAUAGACUUGUUUAUCAAGUCAUGUAAUGUAUUUGACUUCUAAAUGUAUUACUAUAGUCAUUUGUGGUCAUUUCCAGAUUUUUUUUUUUGAUUUUUCUCACUCAACUGACUGGAUAAAUCUCUCGAUGUGGCCAGUAUGACCUUUGACCCCUGGUUCCCUAGGAAAGACAUGCAUGUUUAUAAAUGAUGUCAAGAUGCAAGUAAUCCUAUCAGACUCUUGCAUCAGAAUGUGUGGUUUUCCAGGCCUGCUAUGACAGAUCUUGAUUAGUCUUGUGUAAGACAGGAAAGAAACACAUUCUCGCCAUCCCUUUAUUCUAAGCAACAUUAGCUACAUUUUAUAACUGCGAUGGCAGGUGUUGUCAAUAUUAAGCAUGGGGAACCUGGGAAGAUAUACAAGUCAUGAACUAUUAAAUAUCUUCGAGAAAAGUGUACAUUCUUUGAGUUAUCAUGCGAUAUCGCUCUCACACCAGGCCAUCUAUUUUAAGUACCCAUUAGUACGUUUUCUACGCAACAUUCUACCUCAUACCUGAACAACACUCCCCCUGGUCCCUUUUUUUUUCAUACCUAUACUCUCUGAUCUCAAAAUCUCUUUGAUUCAUUAGACUGACUGACGAUUUGUUUUAUUUAUGUAAUGGAUUGAAGUUGUUUUGGGUCGAGUCAAAUCAAAUCAAACGGAAAAUACCUGCCCUGACAAAGGUUCCAACAUCCCUGUAAAUGGCUCUUAGCUCUGUACAUUUAUAUAAAGCUUGGAAAGAAGGCACCUGUUGCAGACAUUGUCAGGUAGAAAUUCAGGCACAGUUCCUUCUGCUGCCCGUCAUUCUGUCUUGCACAGAGUUGUCUUUUUAAUGAUUUUAUUAAUAUCCAUAUGGCAGGGCCUACAACUAAAACCAUUUCCAGGUGUGAUGUACAGCCAAUACACAUUAUGGGGCUGAGUUCAUUGCUCUCUAGAGAUUUUACAGCUUUGGUCAGUGUUGAUUUUUCUCGAUACCAAUUGUUACACUUUGAUUUAAAUUAUGGCACAAUUCACUGCUAUUAUUUUGAGAAUUUGCACAUGUUAGCUUUACGGGCAACUGUAAAAUGGUAAAUCUCUUUCAAAAAUAAUAUUAAACUGGGACUUAAGUCUUAAGUCUGUCAACUUCAUGUACAUGUACGUAAGCAGGGUUAUCAAAUUCAGGGGCAAAUAACUCGUCUAUAGGUAAGAAACAGAUGUUUCAGAAGAGUUAUUUGACCCUGAAUUUGUGAACUCCCUUACGAAUAAUAACUUGAUAGACUUUAGACAUAAUACUUAGUCUCAACUUAGUAUUAUUUUUGAAAUAGAUGUUCCUAGUUACAAGUGCUGUUGAUUAGCCUAAGAGUCAGUCUGAAUUAAAACACCUUUAAUUCAUAGAAUCUUUUGAAUCAUAUUACCACUAUAGCGGAGAGACCAAGUGGUGCUAUGACGAUUUUAGUAUUAAUUAAUUAAUGAAUGAACGUUUUAAUUAUUAUUAAAUAUGAUUAUUUUAAUUAUUGAUUUUUGAUUGAUUGAUUGAUCUCUUAUGAUGCAAACCACACUUUAAGCUCAGGUGACGCUGUUUGUUAUUAUAUUUACUGGAACGUUGUUUUCGCUUUAUAUAUAUAUAUAUGAUAUAUAUAUAUGUACAUGUAUAUUGUUAGAGCUAUUGAAUGGAUCGAUAAUCGCCAAAUUAAUGAGAAUGUUUUUGGCUAAUUUAAUGAUUUCUGCACUUGUUUUUCUUGCUCUUUAUUGCAAGUUACCUCUCCCUUUUUUCUUUUUUUUUUCCAUUGUACAAAAUUUGGAACUGUUCACUUUACAUAUUUGAGUGUAAUGAUUAAAGGGUCACUUCCAUGAGAUUUAAUGGUGUCAUGAAGUCUUGAACAAAGGAGAACAGGGUCCUUUAAACUUAAACUAUUUCAGUUUUAUGUUUUCGUUAAUGAGGCAUUUACAGGGAUUUGUCAUCUCAGAAAUGUAUUGUUAACCCUUUGGCACUUGGGCUGCCUGGAAAUGGCCUAAAUUGUUAAAGUGACAACGCUAUCAGUUGUAUAUACAAGAGUUCAACAGAAAUUCACAAAUAAAUGAGACAUAGUAAGAAAUGUUCCGAAAAGAUAUUUGUUUGUUGGAGUGACCCUUUAAUACCAUUAAAUGACUGAAUGAAUGAUAUUCUGUAAGUAUGUAGGUAUGAUAAGUAGAUAAUGAUAUGUUAUAACUUAGUGCUUCUAUAUAAUUUUACCGUAGUUCAGUAGUUCUGUAUUUGUAUUUAGAAGUAGUUUUAAUUUAUUCAAAAAAUUCAACCAAUCACAUUAAUCAAGGUAAAAUUUCAACUAAUUUGAUUGGAUAAAGUGAUUUACUCAAAAUAUUCAACCAAUCACAUUAAUCAAGGUAAAAUAUGAACUUAUAUGAUUUGAUAGGGUGUAAUUUAUUCACAUUAUUUCAACCAAUCAUAUGUAUUCUUUCUUCAAUAGUCUUAAUUUUAAUUAGAUGAAGGUCAUGAAUGAGGAAACUUGAUAGUCAAAUUUGCUUAUUUAUUAGUGUUGCCAUAAGAAACAUGAACUGCUUAUUAACUUUCGAUCAUUUUUUUUUUUUGUUGGUUUGUUAAAUUCUAUAAUAUGUUAUGACGUCAGUUUAGAUUAAAAAAUGUUAAUUAUAUGCAUUUUUGAACUUAAAACCUGGUAGGGCCUACGUUAAAUCUAGCAUUAAUUAUUCCAUACAAAUGAAAAUUUUAGCUGAAUGAAAAACAUUAGUAGUCUACUAACUUAAUGGGUGCCAUAAUUCACCAACCCCAAAAAACUAAUCCGAAUGAAUUCCGGUUGCUGAUUGUUUCUGUUUUUGCUCAUGUUAAUGCCAUUCCAUUUAAUUUCUAUUUUUAUCUAGUUUUGAUCAUUCCAGCCUAUAUUGUCUCCUCCUUGACAAUAAUGAGUAUUAGUCACAACCAAUCGUAAAACACACUUUAUUCUCCAUAUGACCGGUAUACAAAUUUAGAGCUGUUUUGUUUGUCCAGACUUAACGUAUUGUUAUAAAGAAAUCACAGACAAUAUAGACUGGAAUAAUCAUGACUAUUCUACGCAAUAUCUAUAUGUGUGUUCUCAAAUAAAAUGUGUUCUUAGCCUUAUUGCUCAGUUACUACAUUUGGAUAACCACAAUAAUUUUUCUUUCGCAGAUCAAUUUCUUUAAACUGGAUGUAUACACACAAACAAAAAGUUACUUUAUGACAAACAUUUUUAAUUCUAUAAUGUAUGGUAGUUUUGUGUGUCUGGAUGUUCUUUGCUUUAGUCUUUAUCACUCAGGGUGCAAUUUUAUAUUAAUUGCCAUUGUUUGUCACUUCCUUUUGAAAAUUGUAAAAUAUAUUUUGGAUAAGGUAAUGUGUGUGCUUGUGUAUUAAAUAAUGCGAAAAUGAAAUUUGAGAAAUGACUUUUGAUUGGAUAUAAGUGUAUUAGGCACAGUGGCACAGCCAAUCGUGUGCUUUGAUUGAUUCACAAGUAUUCGGAAUAAGCCCCUUGUCUGCUUUGAUUCCCAGAGAAUUCUAAUAUUCCAUAUAUAAAUGUUCAUUGUAGAAGUUCAACUCAUGUAUGCAUUUUCAACCAAUUAAAUAUUGAGCACAUCUUUCAUAAAAAAAAAACCCCAACAAAGUUAUAAAAUUGAAUACAUAUCAAGUCUAAAGAAUUUGUCUAUUACAUUAUGAUUUAAACAUAAAUAAAUCAGUAUUAAUUUUGAAUGAUCUCGAAGACAACUCCAUGUAUAUUACAUAUAUCAUAUUCAUUUCAUUCAUUUGUUGAAGCAGCUGAUCGCCAUUUGUGGGAUUGUGUAAACACUGAAUCUCUAAACAAGCCAGUGCCACCUAUAAGUGAUGGGUAAAAUCUUUGAUGACCUCGUUUUCAUCUGAGUGAUUAUCUGCCAUUUAUAUGUUUGCAUUAUUUUUUUAAUUAAAUGUUAAAUAAUCGGUUUGGUUAUAUUGUUUGAAAAAUGUAAAUGACGCUCAGCUGCUUUGACUAUCAUAAAUUUCAUAUUUAAGAUUCAAUGUACACCUUUUAACAGUUUAAGCUGAUUGUAUGAAUAUAUUCUUGACUUAAGCAUCCAAUAUGGUACAGACUUUGAUUUAUAUUUUAUAUGGAAAACCACGUCAUACAAAAAUGAGGUGUUUGUGAAAGUCAAUUUAUUUGAUAAAUGCAUUGAUGCAUAUUGUUCUCCAUACAUGGAUUAAUUUGUAAAAUAGUUAAACAACAUACAAAAAAUAACUAAUUGUUUCACAAUUGAAUAUUGGUGGUUACAGUUCUCCAUACAUCAACAAGGAUAAUUUUUCAAUUUGAGCCUUUGUUUCAUUGCAUUAGUCAUAAUCAAAUUAUUAAUUAAUUACAUAUUUAAUCAAAAUCAUUCCAGUGAUCAGUAUAUUCCAAUUAGUCAUUUAUUAAUUGUUAAUUAAGUAUUAUUAAUUUUACCGGUGAUUUAUGGGAAGUUAAUUAAGGAUAAAAUGGAAACAAAGGCUUUAAUUGUACAGUUAUAUCCAUACUGAAGGUCAGACUAAGUGAUCUGGACUAAAAUUUGAAUAUCAGGUCUUGCACCUAGUAAAACAAAAGGCAAAAUAAGUUAGAUUUCAUGUUUUUCUGAUCAUAUCUCGCUAUCAAGUGAAUUACAAAGGGAAGACAACGCUGCUUGUGAGAGUGGUCAUACACCUGAUAAAUGAUAGACAAAAUAGUAGUUAUUUUGUUUCCUGUUUUUCUAAUCACAAAAUUACAUCAAUAUAUUUGAAAAUUAAAACACCCCCAUGAAUGAUCAGGUGUACCCUCCUUCAAUUAAUUUGAUCAAAAUAUAAUAUAUAUUUGGAUUAGUUCAUUCUUCAUUAUAGGGGUGUUAUAAUUUAAAAUGUUUGAAAUUUAUACAGAAUGAAUUCAUAUUUUACAUUUUAAAUUUAAGUUUAAUUGUUUCAUUCAUAUUUUUAUUUACAAUUUUUCCAAAUGAAAAUCAUAAUCUGUUUCUUAAAUUACACCUAAAUACAGUAUUUUUCAAGCUCCAUAUGACCUUCUCUACUUUAUUUAAAACCAGAAUGUUUAGAAUUAAUGUACAGUAUUUUUGUGUUUGGUCAGUAUGUGAGAUUGUAAUGUUUAGACACAUUUCUGUUUCUUCCUGUUAUGUGUGUACAGAUUUAGUUGACAUCAUCAAAAUGUGUGUACACAUUUAGCUAACACCAUCAAAUUAUGUGUACAGAUUUAGCUGACAUCAUCAAAAUGUGUAUACAAAUUGUGCUGUUAUGGUAUGAUAGCUUCAGUUAACUAUAUAUAUAAAUAUAUAUCUUAUCCUUUUUUUCCUUGUUUAUGUGAAAUAAAAUCAUGGUAU